AUGAAUCGACCACGGCCUGGUGGUACAAGACGAUUUUCUCUGGUGAAAUUAGAAACACCAGCUGGAGAUUCGAAUACAUUGUCAACAGAUGAUUCAAAGACGUCAACGAGUCCGAAUCUUAUUCAAAAGUUACUCUUCCGACAGUUCAGUCCCAAAACUCGUCCAUACUCAAUGGCAAUUACCUCUGAUGAAAACACUUCGGCAUUGAAUGAUUCACUUAAUAGUUAUGCCAGUGGCGGUAGACGAAUUACCGCUCCAACCACGCCGAAAAGUUCCUGGUCAUCAUCAAACGCUUCGAAACAAUGUACCGAGCCCGGAGAAACUUCAUUUCUCUCUCCGCCAAAUCUAAUCUUGCCAAAAGGUCAAUCAUCCGAGUUGACAUCUUAUUUAUCACGACGGCGGAAUACAACUGGAAGCAUUUCGUUAAAUAAAGCAGUUGAUACAAAAAAUACUAAUACAUUGAAAUCAUCUACAGCCGCUUUGUUUAAUACUUCGAACAAUAAAUUAUCAAGCGAAAAUAUUUUUCAACUCGUCGAAGAUUCGGAUUUAUUCGUAACGAAACAACUUCUUCAAGUUCAUGAAAAUCUCGUUAAUUCUUACAAUGAAUACAACUGGUGUCCAUUGGACAUCGCCAUCAUGUUAAACAAUAUUCCAAUGAUUCAACUUCUGGUUCAGUACGGCGCUGAAGAAAGCCUAAAAAUACAACCCGAAGAAUGUCGCUAUGAAAGUGUAUGUCAUCAAUUAGCCAUACUUUCUCAACAGAAUCCCGAUGAAAGUACGAAAAAGUCCUCAUCAAACAAAUUGACAACAGAUGAUGUACAAUCACGUCGUUCGUCUCCAUCGAAUGAUACUCAGCAACGUCAUCGUCGAACAAGUAAAGGACAACAAGAACAAUUACAAAUUCUUCAGCAACAUUUCUAUCAACAACGAAUGCUAACUUUGACCCAAAUGAAGGAUAAUUAUGAGCAAGCAGGUAAGAAUUAA